UAGACGACGCUUUUCUCCGCUGUGUGUCUUCACUCACCAACUCCCUCAAAACUUGCUCAUACGCUGCGAGGGAAAAUUCCCUCAAAAAUCUUAUCUUCUUCCCUAUCUGAAUCUUUCCUCCGAGUUCUUCGACCUUCAAUCAUGGAUCCCUGUUCUCAAAUCCUCGAUAAUUCCGAACCCAAUUCGUCGGAGGACCAAAUUCCGACUGUUCUGGUUCAAUCCCCGCCGCUCGCUGUCGCUUCCCUCACUUUAGCUCUCUUAACCGCCAUUCCCACCAACUUUCUCGCCCAGUCCAGAUUUUCUGAGUUGUUUUCUCGGCACCCAAACAGGGAUAAAGUUCCCACUCAGGCUUCUUCUCUUGCUCGCUUACCCAUCUCCUCUUCAGCCCUGUGUCCCCCCAAAAUCUCCCUGAAAUCCACCAUUUCCGCGAACCCGCUUCAAAUCCCUCUCUCUAUCGGCCCGCGCCGCCCCUCCGAGCCCUCAAAUGGCGCCGGAAUUCGUCGAGCUACCAUCGUCUGGUUCCGUAACGACCUACGGAUCCACGAUAACGAAUGCCUAAAUUCCGCGAAUAACGACUCCGUGUCUGUGUUGCCUGUCUACUGCUUCGAUCCGAGAGAUUAUGGCAAAUCGUCGUCUGGGUUCGAUAAAACCGGGCCCUACCGUGCCGCAUUUGUAAUUGAAUCGGUGUCGGACCUGCGGAAGAAUCUCCAGGCGAGGGGUUCUGAUCUUGUGGUGCGAAUUGGGAAGCCGGAGACUGUUCUGGUUGAAUUGGCGAAGGAAAUUGGGGCGGAUGCUGUGUACGCCCACUACGAGGUUUCGCACGACGAAAUGAAGACGGAGGAGAGGAUUGAGAGCGCGAUGAAGGAGGAGAAUGUGGAGGUGAAGUACUUUUGGGGAAGCACUUUGUACCACAUCGACGAUUUGCCGUUCAAGAUGGAGGAAAUGCCGUCGAGUCACGGCGCCUUUAGAGAGAAAGUUCAAGGGUUAAGCGUGAGGAAGACGAUUGAUGCUUUGGACAAGAUGAAGGGAUUGCCUUCUCGUGGUGAUGUGAAGCCUGGAGAUGUUCCAACUUUGUCGGAUUUGGGUCUCAACCAACCUGCGGCAGUGUCGAAGGAAGGAUGGCUAGCUCCCAAUACUUCUCAAAUGGGAGGGGAGACUGAAGCACUUCAUAGGCUUCAAAAAUAUGCAGCCGAGUGCAGAGCCCAACCGCCAAAGACGACGAAGAACGGUGCUCACAGUAGCAUAUAUGGCGCUACCUUUUCAAACAAAAUUUCUCCAUGGCUAACCAUGGGCUGCCUUUCACCUCGAUCGGUGUUUGAUGAGCUAAAUAAAACUGUUUCCAGGAAUAAUGGUGGCAAUGGCACUGGAACAAACUGGUUGAUGUUUGAGUUAUUAUGGAGGGAUUUCUUCAGGUUCAUUACCAAGAGGUACAAUUCAACAACAAAACAGCCUAAUCCUUCUCCGGCCACGGCUUGCACGGGCGCCGCCCUUGCUUAGCGGGAGUUGAAGAGCCAGGCAUAUCCUCGUGUUGUAGUUGUUUCUUGAUCUUUCGAUUUACCAUACACUGCGCCUUUGUAAACGCUAUUUCACAAACUCAGUUCUGGUAUGAAAUUGUAGGUUGAUUUCUGUGAUAUUCAAAUGGUUGAUCCUGUAGUUGGGAGGGGCUGUUCAUGUCAAUUUUUUGUGCUUUUCCGUUUAACCAGGGCUCUGUUUACUAAAUGAGAAUGAGAAUGAAGCUGAUCAGGAACGAAAAAUUCUAGGUUAAAAAA